AUGACCGAUUUACCAAAAGAAAAAGAACUCACAGAAAAAGAAACCAAUCUCGUUUCUUUUGCUUUCACUCUCACUUGCCCUAAAUGUCAGGCUACUUUAACUCCCUCUGACUUCGACAACAACCACUUCACAAUCGCUCAUUUACAAUCUUACUUCACUAGCAAAGAAUCCCUCUACAAAGAACAAUUACUAGCCCAAUUAACCUCCAACCCUUCCUCCUUCCCUGCUUACCAAACUUUACAAAAAGAAAACCAAGAACUAAAACUCCUCCUAGAAGGAUACAAACUAGGCACCACUAAAUCUAGUAAACAAAAAGGAGAAGACCUGGAAAAAUAUAUCACCGAACGCUUACAAGAAACCUAUAACGGCCAAGAUGACAUCUCUAAAAUCACUCAUGUAGGAACUAAGGCGGAUAUUAGCCAAAUUAUCCAUGCUAAUGGGCAAAUCAUAGGACAGAUUAUUUACGAAGGUGAAAAAGUGAGAAGAGUGGAUGAAAGAGAAAUUACCGAAUUAUUUACUGAGAUUGGAGAAGUGCUUUACUGA